UCGUAGACGCGUUCACAUGAUCAUUUUCUAAAAUAUUCGUACCUGUACAUUAAUCGUGCGUUUCAAACGCAACUAGUUUUCGAUUUUUAAAAAAAUGUAACUUUUUUUAAACAAUCCUUGAACAAAAUUUUUUAUUUAAGUUGCUCUUUUUAUUUUUAAAUGCUUUUUUAAAAUAUUUGUGAUUUUAUCUUAAAAAUUUGUGUGUAAAAAAAUUAUCUCAAAAUGUCAUUUUGUCGUAUAACUGGACGCAGCCGAAAUUUACCAAAACCACAUUAUUUUCCAUUAAUCCCACCAAUAUCACCAGCGGAUGCACAUCGUGUCUGUAAAAUUACCGGAAAAUCUUAUGGUCUGCCAAUGCAUCAUUAUGUGCCGGUAUUAAUGCGACGUACAACUUUAUUAACGAAAUGUCGAAUCACUAAAGUAGCUGAUUUAUAUGGCAGACGUCGACAUUAUCCUUUAGCUGGAUUUAAAUAUGUUCGUCCAAUCAUUGAUCCAAAAAAUGAACAUCAAAAAACAUUAUUGGAUCUACUCACGCAAAAAUCUGGUGAAGGUAAUUUUGUGUAUACAGUUAAGGAACGUCGAUACAGUUUGGUAUUCCCUGCACAAUUGGAAAUAGCUGUACGUGAUGGUGAUAUAAAAGAUGUCAUGUUAUCCAAGGAUUCUGAUAAUGUUUUAUUAAAAAUGAAAGUAGGUAAUGAUAUUACUGUACCAAUUACUGAAAUGAACGAAGAUGAAUACAUGGAAAAUGAGGAAUUAUUCGAAGGUGAAGGAACUACCGAAGAAGUUGCACCACCAAUUAAAAAGAAACAAAAAUGUACAAUGGGCUUGGCGAAAAUAUUUGAGGACAAAGAACGUCUAGCUUUAGAUGAUGAAGUGUUGUUUAUUCAUAAGAAAAAAGUGAAAAAAGAAAAUAAAACCGCUGUUAUGGUAAGCAAUGAAGAUUGGCGCAAUUUAAUUGAGCCCUUAAUUGAAGGCUGUGAUUGGACACAGUUUGAACAAGAAGCUGCAAAGCAUAUAAAUGUUUCAACUUGGACACCAAGUGCAAAUCAUGCUUCUAAACAAGCCACCGAUUUCCAAAGUGAGAAAAAAAUUUUAUCAACACCUUUACAAUACAUCCAAAAUGGAAUUACUUCUUUGUCAGCAGAACAACUAUCACACACAGUUGGUAUAUUUGAACGGGUAAAAAAUGGUGGUAAACGUCUUUUGGAAUCAUUACCAUUAAUUCAUGAAAUUCAAGAAAUUGUAAAAAAAUUAUCAAAUGGAACUUUGACAGAAAUUGAAAAUAUAACAGGAUUAAAUAUAUUCACAGAUAAAUCGAAAUUUAUUAUUGGACAAAUGGUUGUUACAAAACGUGGAAAAAUUUUUGUACCUGGACAAACAACAAGUGAUGAUCAAUUUAUGCCAGGCUUUGUUGUGCAAACUGAAAAUGGACCAGCUUUAAUACCUGGUUUAAUAUUAUCCAAACAAAAACAUUUAUCAGUAUUUUUACCAGGUUAUAACGUUAAAAUGGAAAAUGGUGAAUAUGAAUUUCAUUCAGAACAAACGAUAAUUCCAUGUAAAAACUUAGAUAAUUAUCACGAGGAAGAAGAAAUUAUUGUAGCUGAAACAAUUGAAGAAGUUGCAUAUGAACUGAAAAUUGAAAAUGGUACCGAAUAUUUAGAGAAAGUUGAAACGAAAUUAGAUUCAUUUACACAAUUUCUUCAUAAUUUACAGCAAAAUGAUCAUUUAAACAUUGACAGUGCAAAAAUGAUAGCUGAAAAAUAUAAAAUUGAAAAUAUUGAUAAUUUCAGUAAAGUUUUAUUAACAGUAACACAUUUUGCACAGAAUCUAUUAAAAAAUGGUGCCAUUGAUGAAAUUUUAAAUAGUCCAUCCAUUAUUAAUGAGCAUACGAAUGCAUCUGAAGAAAUGAUUUAUAAUGGAUUAAGUAAAUUAUUUGUCACACUCAAUAAUAAAACAGAAGUUAUUGAUGAUAUUUGUACAUAUUUAAGUGAAAUUGAUAAUUGUGAUUUAGUAUUUAAUCAAAUUAUAACACAAAAUUUACAUAAAUUACCGAUUCAAGUAAGUAAAGAAGAUAUAUUGAAAUCAGCAUUGAAAUUAAAUAUUGAACAAAAUGAAAGCAUUAUUGUUGAAAAAUUAUCAACAGUUAUUCAAGAAGAUUUAUUAGCACCAGCAUUUAAAAAUAUUUCUAAAAAUAAUGUUGAAUUCUUACAUAAAGUUUUAAAUUGUGUUCAACAAAACAACAAUAAUACAGACAUCAACAUGAAUGACGUGAAUACAUAUGAGCUGUUACAAAAUGCGAUUGUAACAACAAUUAAAGAAACAUCUGAACAAAAAUUAAAUAAGUUUUUAAUUAGUGAAGAAAAUCAUGCAAUUAAUGAAUUAUUACAGGAAGCAAUUGGAUUAGCAAUUGCACUUGGCAUGCAUGAAACUGCUGAUAGUUUAAUGCAUGUAAUGUCAGAUCCACAAAGUACAUCAUUAUUAGCAGACGAUCCAUUAACAUUGGAAAUAUUAAAACGUUUAACAUUAAUGCGUCAAAUUGCAGAAAAACAACCAACAUUACAAGAUGCAUUAAUUGCAUUAAAAUCGAAUCCACAUAACGCUCGUACUGAUCCAAAAUUACGUGAAUUGGUACGAGAGAGUGCUGUUUUAAUGGUACCCGAUAUAAAAUCAUUACAUACAUCUGAUAGUAUUCCAUCACGAUUAUUCCAAGAGAAUAAUACGUUAGCAAUGGAAGAUUUUGUUACGCGUAAUCGUCAACCGGGUACGUUGUUAAUUAUAAAACGUGGUUUACAAGCGGUUGUGCCGAAAGAAGCGAGUCGUGCGGUUUUAAAUGGUCAAGUUGCGUAUACGUUAAUUGAUGAGACGGGUAUUAAACAUUUCCAACCGUUGGAUGUAUUCUCAGCGUUACGGUUAAGUAAACCAACAGCACGACGUUUUUCGGGAUAUGAAUGUUUGGGUGCGUGUGAACGUGGUAAUGUUGAUAAAUUAAGCACUGCAGAUAAGACGAAACAUUUACACUUGGAUAGGAUGAGCCCCCGUAUGGUGGCGCUUAAAGAAGCGUAGCCCCAGCAUAGGGAUGAGGGAGGAGGAAUUAGAAAUAGCACUCAAGGUUGUAAUUGUGGGUAAUGGCGGUGUGGGUAAAUCAAGUAUGAUUCAACGGUAUUGUAAAGGCACUUUCACCAAAGAAUAUAAGAAAACAAUUGGUGUUGACUUUCUUGAGAGACAAAUUGA